UCAGUGCAACGUAUCGAACAUCGGUCUUGUUAUCUAUUUCAUUACAAUGUUGUUAUCAAAUGUGAUGAAAUAUAAUUCUUUAGUAUUUUAUAUAAGUUUAAGUUGCGUUACACUAUUCCAGCUAUGGGUAUACUUUUCAUACGUUCAAGAUGUUUUAUUUGAAAGACUUAUGGAAAUUUUUGAGGAACCUACUCAUUCUUACGACUAUAUUGUAGUGGGCGGGGGAUCGGCGGGCUGCGUGCUGGCCGGCCGCCUGGCCGCCUCCCCCGGGACCUCGGUGCUGCUCCUGGAGGCGGGCCCCGCCUGGUCGUCCUGGCUGGCCGCAGUGCCCGCGCUCACCCCGCUGCUGCAGGGCUCGGCCGUCGACUGGCGCUACCGCACGGUGCCCCAGCGGGACGCCUGCCUCGCGCUGCACAACAACGAGAGCGCCUGGCCGCGCGGACGCCUGCUCGGGGGCUCUGCCCGCCUCAACAACCUGGUGUACCUGCGGGGCCACGCCCGGGACUACCAGUCCUGGGGACACCCCGACUGGAGCCUGCCCCGCCUGUUGCCGCUCUUCCGACGUCUGGAGCGAGACGCCGUGCCGGUGGGGGAGCUGCCCUGGGAGACGCCCCUGGCCGCGGCGGUGCUCGCCGGGGGACGCGAGCUGGGCCACGCUGUCGUCGACCUCAACUCCGGCCGGCACACAGGGUUCAUGCGAGCGCCGGUGAACAUGGCGCGGGGUCGUCGGUUCAGCGUCGAGCAGGCCCUCCUGAAGGACGGCCGCCGGAGACAGAACCUGAAGAUCCUCACCCAUGCCCUCGUGGACAAGGUGCUGUUCCACGGGGGCUUCGAGGCGCGCGGCGUGAGCUACCUGAGGUUCGGGAGGCCGCACCGUGCGCGGGCGAGGCGAGGCGUGGUACUGUGCGCGGGCACCGUGGGCUCUGCGGCCGUGCUGCUUCGCUCCGGGGUCGGCCCGCGCCGGCACCUCCGGUCCCUCCAGGUCCCGGUGCUACACGAGCUGCCAGUGGGGCAGAGCCUGCAGGACCACGUGACCACCGGCCUGGACCUGGUGCUGCUCAACUCGUCUCUGCCCCUCGGAGCAGCGGCGCUGGCCUCGCUGCCCGCCGCCUGGCAGUACCUCCGGCACGGCUCAGGCCCGUGGACGUCCCCGGGCUGCGAGGCGGUGGCCGUUUUGCGCAGCGGCGCGGGGGGAGACGCCCCGGACCUGCAGCUGAUGGUGGUGCCGGCGGGGGCGUCCAGCGACGGCGGGGCCCACCUGCGACACAACUUCCACCUCUCCGACUCGGUGUGGCGCGGCUACUUCGAGGCGCUGGGCGCGCGGCAGGUGGCGAGCGUGCUCCCCGUGGUCCUGCACCCGCGCAGCCGCGGCACGGUGCGUCUGAGGGACCGGGACCCGCGCAGCGUGCCGCUCAUCGACCCGCGCUACCUCUCGCACCCGCGCGACGUCGAGGUCCUGCUGCGCGGGGUGCGCCUGGUGCAGCGGCUGGCGGGCACGGCCGCCCUGCGCGCCCUGGGCGCCGCGCUGGUGCCCGCGCCCCUGCCCGGCUGCACGGCCGCGCCGCCCGACUCGGACGACUACUGGCGCUGCUACGCACGGCACGUCACGCUCUCCGCCUACCACCCGGCCGGCACCUGCCGCAUGGGGCCCGCCUCGGACCCCAGCGCCGUCGUGGGCUUCCACCUCGGGGUGCACGGAACCCACAAGCUGUACGUGGCAGACGCGUCCGUGAUGCCCAGCCUGCCCAGCGCUAACAUCCACGCGGCCGUGCUCGUGAUAGCGGAGAGGGCGGCGCAGCUGGUGCUGGAGCACGCUGCCGGCCGGCGCUCCGUCUGCUGCCUGGCGCACCUGCUGGUGCCGGCCACCGCCUGCCCCGAGCCGGUGCGAGCGCGGCCGUGCUGACCGCCGGGCCGUGCCCACUGCCAGGCCGUGCUGACCGCCGGGCCGUGCCGACCCACUGCGGGCACGUCCGUCCACUGUCAUCGUGCGAGUUGCCAAGUGGGUUAAUUGAUGUGCAUAAGGGCGUGCCUCCCAUUUCAGGUCAUGAUUUCAUAUUUACAGUAAUUACAGAUAAACUUGUAGACUUUGUCAAUUGUUUAACUUUCACGAAAAAUGAAAAAUACCUAUAUACAGUGCAUACUUUUUUACAUAAUUUAGCUGCCAAAGUUACAUGUUUUUAACGUUUUUUUUGGGUCGUACAAAUGAGGAGAAUUUAAUUCAUUGCAGAACUGAAACUUUUUUUAGGUUUAACUGCGAUGCCACUGGCUACUCCAUGAUAUGGUUUGCGUUUCUAUCACAAAAAAAAACUCACUUUGUGUUUCUUGGCUGUCAAAAUCGUAACAAAUUGGAGAAUUUUGAAAUGCCAGGUAAAAUUAUUUAAUUUUUUCUGAAAGAAAUUCAAACCAUUUCUUGAAGUAGUCAGUGGCAUUGCAGUUAAACCUAAAAAGUUUCAGUUCUGCAAUAAAUUAAGUUCUCCUUAUUUGUACAACCCAAAAACAUUAAAAAUGUAUUUUUGCCAGCUAAUUAUGCAAAAAGUAUGCGCUGUAUAUAUUUUUAAUUUCGUGGAAGUUAAACAAUUGAAAAAGUCUACAAGUUGAUCAGUAAUUAAUCUUUAUGUAUAUAUAUUUCUUUUGUGCGUGUGUAUGUCACUGAACUCCUCCUAGACGGCUGGACCGAUUUUGAUGAAAUUUUUUGUGUGAGUUCACGGGGAUUCGAGGAUGGUUUAGAUUCACAAUUUGGUCCACUGGAAAUAUUUAUUUAAUUAAUUUUUUAUUUAUAAAUUGUUGUUGAUCUUUGAAUGGUUUAAGUUUACAGUAUAUAUAUGUGUGUGUUGUGUAUUUAUUUAUGUGUUGUUGUUAAUCUUUGGAUGGAUUUUAUGAAUUAUGAAUUAUUAUUUAUUGAAAUAACAUUUUAAAGUGUAAUUAAAAAUAUAGGUGCAAAUUUGUGAGGUGCAGUAUUGAAGUGAGUAUUUUACAUGAUUUUUCGUGAUUUUAAUUAUGUAUACACGUGAAUUCAAUACCAAUCAACUUAACCUCCAAAUUUAAAUUGUCAGUUCUCAUUUUAUUCUACAUAUUAAAAUGUAAUAAAAAAUAUACAUUGUGCAAAAUAUGUAAGGUGCAGUAUCAAAGUGAGUAUUUAACAUGAUUUUUCAUAACUUUUAAUUAUGUAUAGACGUGCAUUCAAUAACAAUCAACUUAACCUACAAUUUUAAAUUGUUAGUUCUCAUUUUAUUCUAUGCAACUUAUGACGUAAUGAUGUCUCUUUGAAAAUAAAAAUAUAAGUUUGUAAAAUAAAUUAUAACAUUUAUAUAAUUUAAAUUACUUAUAGUAAUUAUAGUUUAAAGUAAAUUUAAAUUUGAAGUUUUGUAUUUUUUAAUUUAUAGUUUUUUUUUUUUAAAUUAUGAUUUUUGGAUUUACAACGUUUGAACAGGACACCGUCUUUCGGGUCCACUUUAAAGUGUGUGUUCAGGUGGAUUUAAAAAUUGUUUAGAUUUACAAUUCAAGCCGAUAAAUAAUAUUUGUAAUUAAUUAAUGUUGUUGUUGAACGUUCAAUGUUUUACAUAGGAUCCGGUCGGAAGCGCUGUGGUUGCGUUAUCGAAUAUUCAAAAAUAUUUUAUUUUUAUUUCAGUUCCACCCGGCAGAGGGUGCUGCGAUUAUAUUCAGGGAAAUUUCCUGUAAAUUUUCAAAUUUAAAACGUUUGAACAAAACAACGUCUGUUGGGUCCGCUAGUAUAAAUAUAAAAUCAUGACCUGAAAUGGGAGGCACCCCCAUAACUUAGUGGUUUUUACGUAACUGAGUUUAUUUACUAUAAGUGACAGACAAUAUUGUUAGUACAAUUUUCCUGAAUGUGAUAAAAAAAUUUCUUAAGUCUAUUGUAUGUACUUAUUGUGAUAAUUUUAUAAAUAUUAUUUAUUUACAGCAUGAAUUGUAUGGAAGAUAAAAUGAAAUUGCAUAACUGCUAAAUGUGUUUGAAAAUAUUUUCUUGUCAAUUAUGUAAAAUAAA